AUGAUACGUUCUCUAAUAAAUAUUGCAUUAUCAUGGCAAAUGCUUUUAUUAGUUCUGUUGAGUGUAGUUUUAGUGCAAGUCGAUUGUUUUGCUAUAAGUGAUAUGAAAAUUGCUAUAACCUCGUCCGAGUCCGUUAGAAAAUUUUAUGAAAGCAUCCCUUAUCCAUCUUCUUUUGAUAAACCAAUUCAAUUAACCACAGGAGAUGAUUUUAAAAUGGUAUUUGUCAUUAAUGAUAAGCAAACACAAAAAGGAGUCCAACCACACCAAGCUUUUUUGACAUUAACUUCUGAAAAAAGUGGCAAUCAAAUACCCAUUAUUAUACGAGUAAGAGAAAGCGGGAAAGCAAAGGUUGAAUUGGAUAUGAAAUCGGCUCCUAAUGAACUUCUUUCAUCACCCGGAAAUUAUUCUCUUGACUUAAUAAUCGGAACUUUUUCUCAUAAAGAUCCACUUAAAUAUCACAUCGGUACUCUUGAUGUCGAUGUACCUGUAAUGUCGUCUGGACCUUCUCCAGUUGUUUAUGGACCGAAGCCGGAAAUUCACCAUAUUUUUAGACCUGAUGAAAAGUUACCACCAAUUUGGCUUUCAUAUAGUUUUGUGGCAAUAGUAGUAAUGCCAUGGCUAUUCUUAAUCGGUGCUUGGACGUACAUUGGCGUGAAUGUUUCUUUACUUGCUAGAGCACCGGAAUCUGCUUUAAUGUCUUUACUUUUUUUGAGUUCAAUAUUAGCCAUUGAAGUCGUAUUUUAUAAUUAUUGGACGCAUUUAAAUAUUUUUCAAACUUUGUCAUUUCUUACUGGGCUAAGUAUUGUAGCAUUUAUUACUGGCCAGAAGGCUCUCAGCGAUGUUCAAAAAUGGAGGUCAUUAGGGUUAAGAUAG